GCUGCUGCCUGAAACAUCCUCCACCUGCAGCUCCGAGAGAAACCACCUGGUUCUGAUCUGAACAUCUGAACAUCCUCCACCUGCAGCUCCGAGAGAAACCCCCGGGUUCUGAUCUGAACAUCUGAACAUCCUCCACCUGCAGCUCCGAGAGAAACCCCCGGGUUCUGAUCUGAACAUCUGAACAUCCUCCACCUGCAGCUCCGAGAGAAACCCCCGGGUUCUGAUCUGAACAUCUGAACAUCCUCCACCUGCAGCUCCGAGAGAAAACCACCGGGUUCUGAUCUGAACAUCUGAACAUCCUCCGUCAUCAUAAUCUCCGACCUGAACAUCUUCCACCUCCAGCUUUGAGGGAACCACCGCAGGUUCUGAUCCCAUCUGAUCGAUCCGAUCGACCGGAGCCGAGCCAAUCGACCCGAGCGACCCGAGCGAGCCGAGCAGCCAUGGGGCAGGGCGAGAGCCGCACCGAGGAGAUGGACCUGGCCCAGAUCCAGGACCUGUGCUUCGUGUUCCUGAAGGAGUGUCCCAGCGGAGCGCUGCACCUGCACGAGUUCAAGAGGAUCUUCGGGGUGCAGAGCAGCUCGCUGGAGGAGUCCGUCUUCCUGGAGAACAUCUUCAGGUCCUUCGACACCAACCGGGACAACACGCUGGACUUCCUGGAGUACGUGGCGGCGCUGCACCUGAUCCUGCGGGGGAACAUGGAGGACCGGCUCAAGUGGUCGUUUAAGAUGUACGACAAGGACGGGAACGGCAAGCUGGACCGGCAGGAGGUCAAGCAGAUCAUACGGAUUAUCUACAAAAUCAAGGCCCAGUCGGACGACAUCAGCACGACGCCGUCGCAGAUCUGUGACCGCAUCUUUGAACUGGUGGACCAGAACGACGACGGUGAGAUCUCCUUGUCUGAGUUCAUGGAAGGGGCCCAGAAGGAGGAGUGGCUGCUGGACCUGCUGAAGCUCGACACCAACGCCACCACCUGGGUGGUGCAGAACUGCAGCAAGCUGCCGUGAUUCCCCCGAGGGUUGGGGGUGUUUGUUUCCGGGCCGUUGGACCCGUAACUCCGUUAGCUCCUGCUAGCUGGAGCUGGAGCCGGACUUUGGUGACGGCAGAACUGGUUUUUCAGGUUCUGGUCCAGGUCCAGGUCCUGCUGCGCCGUGCAGAGUCCAGGGGCGUCUCUGGUGCAGAACAAUGUUGCAUAGUUACAUUAAGCAUCAUCUUUCACAUCAGCUGUGUUUCCAUUGUUAAUGUUAAUAAGUGUUUUAAUUGUCAUCGUAGCAGAUUUAUGAACCUGUGCAAACGUUUCUACCUGCAGAGACGGUUUAAUAACAAGACAUUUAUUAGUUCUGCUUAAUGUAAUGAACUUCCCAUGUAUUUACCACAAAUCUGUUAUUGAUAAGCUUCAUCCUUGCUCUAUUGCUUAAUUGCUAAUUAACUAACGAACACUGCCUAUCAUAUUAGCGCCAUUUGCCUCAUUAUUGUCUUUUUUUUCAAAUGAGAAAUCGAUAUGGGAAUCGAUAACGAACCGAAUUGUUAAGCAGAAACGAAAAUAGAAUUGGAAUCGUAAAGAUCUUAUCAAUUCCCAUCCAUAUUGGUCGGGCACCCGUGGCCACGCCCCCCGUGGCCACGCUCCCCGCCAGUGGCCACGCCCCCCAGGGGCCACCACAUUAUUGGUCAAAAUCACUAUAAAAGUAAUGUUGUUGUUCCCGUCAAAGUCACACAAUCAUCAUGAACACAGAUAAUUAAAGUCUGAGGUUCUGGUAUAAAUGACCAAACAUUUACACACACGAGUGACGACGAGUCUCCAGACAUGGAUUUCCACCAGUUUCUUUCGUUCGGUAAUAUAAGACGGUGUUUUCUGCAUUGAAAUCAGACUGAAAAAGUGGGAGUUGUCUUCCAUUCGGGGUCCAGACAUUAUACCCAUUCACAACGCUAGAUGGCGGCAGAUAUCUUUAAAGCGAACUCCUGUCACGAAGGAGAAAAAUAAAAAAUAGCAGUAAGAAAGAAAAGAGAAGAAAAUAAGAGAAAAGAUAACAGAAAAUGGAGAAACUACGUUUCUCCAAUCUGGAGAAAAGUGGGUGGAAGAUCGGCAGGUUAACCAGCAGCUGAGGAGAAGUUAUGAUGCAAACUUCAACAUGAUGAUUUGAAUCAGGCAAAAUAACAUGCUUUUUCUCUCCAAUAUGUUGUUAUAAUCAUUUGUUUCAGAUGUACUGUAAUUAUUUUCUGUAUAAAAAUUGAAUUUGGUGAUCAAAAAGUCUUUUUUCAAACUUCAGUCUUGAAAAAGAGGGUCGUCUUAUAAUCUUAUCUUAUAAUAAUAAUUGUCCCUCAUGCUGCUCCACUAACGUCUGUGAAUGUAAAAAGUGGUUAAAG